ACACCAAUGCUGUAAUGCAAGGAUCUAAUAUAAUCUUAUGCAUCAGAUAUUUUACCCAACAGUUAACCAAACAUUCACUUAAUAUAUAACAGAUUAUAUUUAUAAUUUUUGUAUGACAAGUAUUCGUUAAGUUACAUUUAAUUUUUCUGAUGCAUUUCUGAAAGGAGGGAGAAAGAACAAAAUGCGCGCAAGUUUAUCAUCUUAAUUUUGUGAAAUGCACCACAUUCAAUUUUUUGUUUGGAGUGAACACAAAAAACUCUAACGUUUUAAAUGAUGUAUAAAUUCUGUGUGUCCAAAAUCAGCAGAGUAAUCGUGAGUAAAUUUUUUACUGAAAUUAAAUGUUUUAUUGCCUCUUCUUUCAUCUAUAGUUCACACCCACAAGUGAAAGUGAUUAAGACCUUCAGUGAAGCUCCUCCUACAACAAUCCACCAAUAAAUGCUGGAGUCAAACACACAGAGAAAUCACUCCAUGUGUGACAACUGAAAUCUUCAUGACAUAAUGUUGAUGUUGGUGAAAGAGGAGCUUGAGAAGAUGACAGAUCCACAACCAUGCAGAAUAAAGAAUGAAGAUACUGAGGAACAAAUAGAUUUUGUUACCAUACACUUGCAUACUGACAGACUGAAACGGUUGGACUUAAAAAUAUACAUUUGUGCUGUACCGAAGAAACAAAAUCACCUACAUCUUGGAUGGCCUGGGGAUAUGAUGGAAGUGAAUAAGAGCAGUCAAGCUGAAAUGAAUGAACCGAAUGAGAAACAUCAGAAUGUAAAAACAAAUGCAAAACAACUUAACAGACACAUAAGAGUUCACACCGGAGAGAAACCAUUGACAUGUCAACACUGUGGGAAGAGUUUUACCAAAAAAUACAGGUUUACAAUCCACAUGAGAAUUCACACUGGAGAGAAACCAUUCAAAUGCAGUCAGUGUGUAAAGAGUUUUCGCUCGGAAAGUUAUCUGAAGGAACACAUGAAGAUUCACACUGGAGAGAAACCUUACAAAUGCAGUGAGUGUGAGAAAAGUUUUUACUAUAAACACGUCCUUAAAAGACACAUGAGAGUUCACACUGGAGAGAAACCUUACUCAUGUCAACACUGUGGUAAAAGUUUCACACAACAAUCAGGUUUUGAUGGCCACAUGAGGAUUCACACCGGAGAGAAACCUUACACGUGUAAACAGUGUGGAAAGAGUUUCGCCCAACAAUCAAGUUUUGAUGGCCACAUGAGAAUUCACACUGGAGAGAAACCUUACAAAUGCAGUCAGUGUGAAAAGAGUUUUCGCUCUGGAACUCACUUUAAGGAACACAUGAGGACUCACACUGGGGAGAAACCUUUUCCAUGCCAGCAUUGUGAAAAGAGAUUUCCAGAUGCAAAACAACUUAACAGACACACGAGAGUUCACACCGGAGAAAAACCUUUUGAAUGUCAUAAAUGUGGAAAAUUUUUCAGAUGUUAUAGUAACCUUAAAAGACACAUGAGAGUUCACACUGGAGAGAAACGCAUUCCUGUGCCAACCUGAUCUCACAAAUUUCUGUGAAAUAGUGACGCAUUAUUUUGCUCAGUUUUGCGUGACAUUGUAAUGUAUUUCCACCAUUUUACGUGCCCCGGCCACGACUUUCUUUUCCGUGACAGUUUCACGUAUUGGUUACUCAACUGUUUUUCCUAUAAAUAAUUGUCGCUUCUGUUAGGGGUAAGAUUUGCUGGUUGCAUUACAAUGUCACUUAAAGUAUUGGUUUAUACAUUUUUUCUGUUUGCUUUUUAAACUAUUGUCACCUGACGUUAGGGUUAGAGUUGAGUAAGGAUGUCAUUUUACGUAACAGAAAGUUGUUCUAAUCCCAAAUCGAAGCGACAAUUGUAAGAAAAUAGUUAAAACAGUUGAGUAACCAAUACGUGAAACUGUCACGGAAAAGAAAGUCGUGGCAGGGGCACGUAAAAUGGUGGAGAUACGUGACAAUGUGAUGCAAAACUGAGCGAAAUAAUGCGUGACUAUUUCACGUGAGAUCAGGCUGUCCCAUGCAGUCAGUGUGAAAAGAGUUUCAGAGAUGAAAGUACACUUAAGAUACACACAUGAGAAUUUAAACCAGAGGGAAACCGUUCACGUGUCAACACUGUGGGAAGAGUUUUACGUGGAAAUGUAGUUUCAGAAUUCAUCUGUGCUCUCACUCUGAACAGACAUUUAAAUGUGAUGAGUGAAGUAAAAGGUUUAAAUCCUCAUCACAUAUGAAGAGACACAUGAGUGUGAAAUCUUAGUUGUGUACUGUUUGUUUAAAAGUGUUUAUGUCUGUUUGAAAUUUAAAAAAAAACAUGUUGGUUUGAGAUGUUGUGUGCUUUGUGUGUUAACAAGGUACAACUACUGGAUUUAACCCCCAUGUUCAGUUUGGGACACCCAGACCCUCUUUUUUAUUAUGAUAUUUCAUGACUUUUUCUAAUUACAUAAGAUACAUUUUGAAAUUAGUUUUUACGUGUGAUGAACCCUGUAAUAAAGGUUAUUUUGACCACAA